UUUUUAAAAGAUGGUCGGAAAUUAUAUUAUUUUUUUCUAGACCAACACAUCACUUCAUGUUACAUACACCUACAACCGUUGACUUCUUGAUAUAUGCUCUGAGGCUGAUUUAAUUCAUCUCAUCCAAAUUUCUUUGCAAUCAUUUCGCAUAAACUCUUCCCAAUUAAGUUUCGACUUUAUAUAUCUUUCAAGCACGUCUUCAAUGGCGUCUUCUUCGACUUCACCUAUUCACAGCUUUCAGUAUGAUGUGUUUUUAAGCUUCAGGGGUGAAGACACCCGUAAGAAUUUCGUUGAUCAUCUUUAUCUUGCUCUUGAGCAGAGAAAGAUAUCUACUUACAAGGAUGACGAAAAAAUCGAGAAGGGAAAACGGAUCAGUGAACAACUCAUUAGAUCCAUUGAAGAUUCAAAGUUCUACAUCAUUGUUUUUUCCAAAAACUACGCAUCCUCAUCUUGGUGCUUGGAUGAGCUUGUGAAGAUAAUGGAAUGUCACAAGACUAACGAGCGUAUUGCUUACCCCAUCUUCUAUGACGUGGAACCCACCGAAGUCCGCCACCAAACCGGGGCAGUUGGAAAAGCCUUUGCUAAACAUGAAAAGGAAGAGUCUGCCGAGAAAUGGAGAGAUGCUCUGAAAGAAGCAGCCACUCUGGCUGGAUGGGAGUUGAAGAACACGGUUGAUGGGCAUGAAGCUAAAUUCAUUGAAAAAAUUAUCGAAGAUCUUUUACUAAAGUUACCUUCCAACGAUCUCAUCAUUGAUGACAAUUUAGUAGGCAUGGAAACCAGGAUCAACGAAGUCUUAUCUUUUUUAGGAGUUGGGUUUGAUGAUGUUCGGAUGGUAGGGAUCAAAGGGAUGGGUGGUUGUGGGAAGACAACUUUGGCCAGAGCUGUGUUCAAUCAGAUAUACUCUAAGUUCGAAGGUUGCAGCUUCCUUGAGAAUGUCAGGGAAAAUUCAUGUUCUGUCAGUUUGAAGUCAUUACAGGAGCAAGUCCUUUUGAAUGUUGUCUUAAAUGCUCAUCCCAUCACCAUAAAUAUACAAGGUGACAAGAAAAGACUGAUGAAGCAGAUGUCUAGGACAAAGGUUCUUGUUGUUUUAGAUGAUGUGGAUUGUGUAGAACAACUUGAGGCGUUGGCUGGUAAGCCUAACUGGUUUGGGAAGGGAAGUAGAAUUAUCAUUACCACUAGAGAUGAACAAGUGCUGUUAAAACACAAUGUGAAGUUGAUUUAUAAUGUCAAGUUGUUAUCGGAUGAAGAAGCAGUCUGCCUCUUCAGUAGGCAUGCAUAUGGGCGAGAUAUUCCGAUUAGUGAAGAGCACAAAGGAAUGUUAAGAAAAGUUCUACAUUAUGCUGAAGGUCUUCCCUUAGUGAUCAGAGUAUUGGGUUUAAAUCUCGGUGCAAACGACAGUGCUAAUGAGCGUGGAUGGAAAGAAACCCUAGAAGAAUUAAAAACAAUUCCGUUGGAGGAGACUUCAAAAAAAUUGGAAUUAAGCUAUAGUGGUCUGGAGAAGGAUUACAAGGAAAUGUUUCUGGAUGUUGUAUGCUUGUUGAAAGGUGAGACGAAAGACUAUGCAACCGAAGCACUUAAAAGUUGCGAAGAUUAUGCAAAACUUGAUUUAAAAGUUCUUGAGCGAAAAUCUCUCAUUACCUUUUAUAAAAAUUCUAUGGGAUAUGAGUGUGUGGGCAUGCAUGACCAUAUUGAAGAAAUGGGUUGGAAUAUCGUUCGUCGUUUGCACCCGGAUAAGCCUAACCAACAUAGCCGAUUAUGGAUUGAUGAGGAAAUUGAAUAUAUAUUGGCUAAUGACUUGGGUACUGACGCAACAAGAUGUAUACAAUUACGCACAAAGAAGCUCAACCCAGAGAUUGUUAUGCAAGGUCUUAGAAAGAUGAAGCAACUUAGAUUUCUUGACGUGCAUGUGGAGAAAAACAUCCGUGCAAAUAUAUUUGAUCGUUUUCCUUGGAAUUGGAAAUUUAAUAAAUUUGCCCCAUACUUUCCGAAUGCUUUACAAUAUCUACGUUGGAAUAAUUACCCUUUUAGAUCUUUACCGAGAACAUUUCAAGCAGAUAAUUUAGUUUCACUUGAGAUAGCUCACGGCGAAAUCGUACAACUUUGGGAAGGGGAAGAAAGAAAGGUUCUUAACAAGCUCAAAUUCCUGGACCUCUAUAAUUCAAGGUUGAGGACCCUUGACCUAAGGCUGACUCCAAAUCUCGAGAAGUUGAGUCUUGGAGGAUCUAAUGAUUUGGUAGAACUUGACAUGGGUGCUGGAUGUUUAAAGCUCAUAUACAUUGACAUCAGUUUUUCGAAGUUGAGGUGCCUUGAUCUUAGGCCGGCUGUGAAUCUUGAGCUGUUAGUUCUUAAGAAUUGUGAUGAAUUGGUAGAACUUCAUAUGCCUAGUAUAUGUCUAAAGUUGAGAUCCUUCCACCUUAGUAAUUCAAAAUUAGGAAGAAUUGACCUAAGGCAUGCGUCAAAUCUCGAGGUUUUAAGGAUUGAUAGAUGUGUAAAUCUCAGAUCCCUCACACUCCUUAAAUCGAAGUUGAGGACCCUUGAAAUCGGGCUGACUCCAAAUCUCGAGCGUUUAGAUCUUCAAAAGUCUGACAAUUUGGAAAAGCUUCAUAUGGCCGAUAUAUGUGAAAAACUUGCAUAUAUCGAUAUUAGCCAUUCAAAGUUGAGGACCUUUGACAUUGGGCUGACUCCAAAUCUCGAGCAUUUAGAUCUUCAAAAUUGUGAUAAUUUAGAAGAACUUCCUAUGGUCAAUUCCUAUGAAAAGCUUGCAUAUCUCGAUAUUAGCCAUUCAAAGUUGAGGAGCGCUGACCUUAGGCUGACUCCAAAUCUUAAGACAUUAAAGCUUACAAAUUGUUCUCAUUUGGUAGAACUCAAGGCUCCAGCUGGGUAUGUAAAAGGGCUUGUCUACUUAAGCUUAACUGGUUGUUUGAGGUUUAGUUCGUUUACUUAUCGUAGUGUGGAUGAAUCGGAUCAGGUUGGUCCUUUAGCUGAGUUACAUUUGAUUGCCAAGCCCCAAGAAAUAUGCCCAAUUCACCCACAUAAUAAGUUGCCAAAGUUUCAGUUUGCAUGUUUUUAUGAAAAAAGUCCCCCCUCAUUAAGUAGUAAUCUUGAGGAGCUUAUUUCAUUUGGUCUCUGUGCUUGCACAAACUUUACUAGGAUUUCAAGAAGCAUUUGCGGGUUGCGAAAUUUAAGAAAGCUUAAACUCCAAGGCAGUUUUCCAGAGGCACCCAAGGACCUCCACCAGUUAGAUUGUCUAGAGGAGUUAAGUUUGUUGUCUACAAAUAUUAAACAUCUUCCAGAUAGUAUUUGUAUGUUGAAACAUCUAAAAUCUCUCGAACUCAAUAAGUGUUCAUUGCUUGAGAAGUUACCGGAGGAUCUUGGUCAAUUGGAAUGUUUAGAGAAGCUAUACUUGAUCGAGUGUAAGUUUCUACAAGAUAUCCCGAACAGCAUAUGUAACAUGAAAUGUCUACAAGUGUUGCAUAUAAAAGGUACUUCUAUAAGUCAUCUUCCACGAAGCAUUCUUUUGUUGAAAGGUCUAAGUAUCCGUGGGUCAAGACAGCUUCUUGAGUCGUUUGGUUUUACAUCCGAGAUACAAACCUCAAAAAACCAAACAUUGUGCCACGUGGAGUCCUCAAAAAGCCAAUUCACGAAGAACUAUUGUAAAAGGCGUACUCGAGAUAAAACCACCACGACUUGGAAAAUCCCAAAGAUGUCAUUUAUUCAUGCAUUGUACCAUAUCAGAAUUCAAGCAUCAGAUGUUAAGAUCCUGAUAUAUGUGGAUUUUGUGCACGUUAAUUAA